GUCGGAAAUUUCCCUGUUCCGAGUUGCCUGGAACGCAGCAUGAGAAAGGCCCCCAGUGUGUAUGAGUUCUGGGUACGUCAUCAGAUCGCGCCGCACGGAGGAAACGUGGGAAGAAUAGAAAGGAGUGCAAAGCAGGGGACAGUUGAGAGACUCCACGUGAAUCAGUGUGAACAUGGCGUCGAUUCAAGAGCCAGAGGUCCAGUUCGCACAGCGAUUAGCCUCCAACGAGAAGCCCAUUCGAACCAAGGCCAUAAAGAAACUGAGGAAAUACAUAAAUGUCAGGUCUCAGAAAGCGACAGGUGGGUUCACAGGUGAUGAGCUGCUCAAGCUAUGGAAGGGUUUGUUCUACUGCCUGUGGAUGCAGGACAAACCGCUGCUCCAGGGGGAUCUAUCAAACCAAAUAUCCAGCCUGAUCCACAGCUUCCACAAUAUUGACGGUCAGUUUUUGUUCUUGGAGAGCUUCCUGCAGACUUUCAAAAGAGAGUGGACAGGUAUUGACAGGCUGCGGAUGGACAAGUUCUUCCAGCUGGUUCGCUUCAUGUUCAGACAAACCUUUGAGUUGCUGAAAAGGAAAAAGUGGGAGAGCAGUGUGGUUGCCAGAUUUCUGGAGCUGCUGACUGCACAGCUCUUGCAGUGUGGUAGCGGAGCGCCCAGCGGGCUGCAGUUCCACAUCCUGGACCUUUACAUGACUGAACUAGCAGCUGUAGGUUCAGCAGAGCUCACUGCUGACCAAAACUUGACAUUCAUUUAUCCAUUCUGCAAAACAGCAGCCAAAACAAAGGAUGUGACUCUCUUCAGAGCCAUCUGCAACAGCAUCUUUAGCACUAUUAUUGACCAGGCUCCCUUCGCUAUUGAAGAUUUGAUGAAGGAGGUGACAGCAACUCUGGACUCGGACUCAGACUCAGGACAGGCUUCUGAAGUGGGCGACGAAGAAGACCAACUAAAAGAGAAAGGGAGUGAACCAGUCUGCAAGAAAAGAACAAGAAAGCAGAUUAACGCCAAUAAAUCAAAUGGAGAAGAGGGGGGUUGUUGUGAUGAUGAUGAGCUUCUUCACUUGGAAGACUCAGAGGUGCCAUGUGAUGACAUCGGACCAGUCCUCCAGUUUGACUAUGCGGCCCUGGCAGCCAAGCUGUUCGAGUUAGCCAGUCGGAGCAGCACACCCAGUCACAACAGACAGAGACUCUACAAAAUCAUCAAAGUACUACGUGACCUCAGUGAAGGCAUCUUUCCUCAGGAUGAGUAUCCAGAGGAGGUGUCCACUGAUGAGGAUGAUGAAAUGUUUGGCAGCAGGAAGAGGAUAAAGAGAAGCGAUGGUCACCUGGAGAAGGAUGUUGAGACGCCAGCAGCCAAGAAAAGUAAAGGCAAGAAAAAUGAGGCAUCCACACCCAACAAGCAAAACAAGGACCUGGGAAAAGAUGACAAUGAACCAGCUGACCUAACUGCAAAGAAAAAGAGGAAGAAGAAGAAAAAAAAAGCAGGGCAUGGCGGAAGUGCAGGUGGUGAGGAAAAUGAGGAGCAGAUUGUGGCUCAAAGUUCAAUUGAAGAGACUGAAGGAUGUCUGGAGUAUUCACAAGGUUUAGGAAAGGAUGUGCAGAUGCAAAGCUCAUCCCCAUUUGUAAAAGUCACAGAGGAAGCAACUCCAGAGAGUCAGUCAGAAACUCUGCUCCUCAAGAAACAGCUUUCAGUUUCCGUCACAGAGGAAACCAGCCUACCUACUCCCUGCACAACUGACAACAAGGACCCAUCUGAAAAAUUAUCAAAGAAGAAUUUAACAGGGGGGACUUGUGAGUUCACAGAGGCAGCCGGGGAGCAGAAGACUCCUGUUAGAAUAGAGCCGAAGAUGUCCUCUGAAUCCAGUGCGCCAGUCUCAGGACAGAAGAAAAAAAAGAAGGGCCUGAAGGCUAAGUUACAAACAGAUGGGCAGGCAGUCAUGACUGAAUCGCAGCUUAAUGCAGAAACAGAGAUUACACCAGUAAGUAGUGAGCAGUCAGCAGAAAGAAACAUGACAGCACUUGAGACUAAUUCUACAACCCCUGCCAAGAAGAAAAAGAAGGGCCUGAAGGCUAAGAAAAAUCUUGAGGAGGUUGGUGGUGAAUCACAGGUUAAUGGUGUAAGCACAGAAUCAGAUUUCCCCUCAGUAUCUUGUGAGGAUUCAGCAGAUGUCCCAACCAUCAGACUUGAGCUGACUGAUUCUACAAUUCCAGUCAACAAGAGAAAGAAAAAGAACCUCAAGGCUGACGUAGCACAAAAGAUUGUGGCUGCGGCACAGCUGGAGGUAGAGGAAAGAUACACUGACGCUGAAAUCACAUCAGCUGGUGAGGAAGCAUCACAGGAUAUCACCGCAGUGCCACUUAAAAAGAGGACAAAGAAAAGGGGUAAGCAGGAGGAUACAACACUCAUAGAGUUAGCUGCUGCAGAUGAAACUACUGUAACCCCACUGAAGAUGACAAGAAAAAAGACUCAAAAAGAUUCUAAGAUUACAGUUGAAGAUGAAGGAGCAGCUGUGGAAACCCCUCAGGUGGGAGAUGCUGAGAAACUGCUGUUUGAAAGCACCGUCACAACACCAGCAAAGAAGAAAAAGACUCAGAAGCCGACACCAGCCCAGGUGGAUGACAUCAAAGAUCAGCCGCUUGGAAGUGUAGAUGCAGAGCUCCCACUAGAUGGAAUGGAGGUGUUCUCUUCCUCAAAGAAACUGGCCAAGAAGAAGAAGAGGAAGGUCCCUGUGAUGUUUGAGUUUGAGGCCGAUGAGCUGGAGGCAGCUGCACAAGAGACUGCAUCUAUCAAUGGCCAUGCAGAAGAGACUGUGGCCAAGAAGGCAAAACUUUGCACCGAUGUUUUAGAGCCGUCCACACCUCUGAGCACUAAAAAGUCAAAAAAGAAGGCGAAGACUUCCUCAGGGUCACCUUCUGACUUUAUUACCUUUCAGAGCAGUGCCGCUGUCCCCACACCCCUCUUUUGCAAAACCAAGGGAAGCUCCAGCACCCCGCUGUCCAGCAAGAAGAAGAUUCAAACUCCCAAAUCAGAAUCCAAGAAGGUGACCUUCGGUCUCAAGAAUAAUAAGACCGCUGAGUUUAGGAAGACUGAUCGCAGCCUGCUGGUUAGUCCAGACGGGUCGUCACGAGUGCCCUUUGACCCGAAACAGAAACCCAGGUUUGGGGUCUUAAAGUCUCCACCUUCCGCCAGCAUCAAAACGACCCCCAACGGCCACAGGAAGACCAAUUCAAAUACUCCAAAGAGUGCACCUAAACGGCGACCUUCUGCGGCAGACUUCUUCUAACAUCCCACACUGACAGACGCAGAUGUAAUGCUCUCUGUGAACUCUUUAAUAGACUGAUUUAAAGCAAAUCCUGUUUUGGAGACAUGUAUAGAAGAAUUUUUAUGUUUAUCUGAUAUCAGUGUUACAUUAUGCCUAUUUGAGUGACUUGAUGUUUUAAUAAAGUUACUUAUUCUA